AGCGUUCCAGAUGAAUGCACGAAAAGUGUGGAUAUAUAAAACUACCCCUACUUGACAUAGGUGUACUGUAAUAUUGUUUACCUAUGUUUUACAAUAUCAUAUAACGAAAUUUGAGUUGCAAAUGAUUACCUUGUGAAAACACUUUAACAAAUAAAUGUAUGAAAAACAACUAUAAAAUUGUUAAAACUAAAAUCAUGAGUACAUUAUAAACCGAGUGUUGGAGUUAUCAACAUAAAGACUCAUAAAGUUUGGAUAUAUUUAAAACCAGCUGAAAAUGUCGGUUAUAUUUUCAACUCAAGAUAAAUAUGUGAAUAUGGAUAGAGAUGCGUUCUCGGAAGAAGUGAUCACACCGGCGCCAUCGUCAUCGUCUGUUUCUCCCCCUCUUCCUCCUCCUUCAGCAACGGUAAAGAAGUCGACAAUGUACAUAAUAUUAGCGUUAAGUGUUGUUGUGACGUCAAUGAUGUUUGCCGUCACUGUGACAAUCGUGUAUCACAUAGCUAAAGAAGGCAAUACGUCAUCAAAUGGGGGAAACGCUGCCAGGUCACGAGGAGGAACUGAUAAUGUGUCCUCUGGUAGUCAGGCACAUGUCCAAGCUACAACACAGAGUCCAGAUAAAGGGACUAGCAACGAUAAACGCUCAGUAACAUAUUUUACGAGAUGGGGAAGAUAUAACUGUACACGCACAUCGGACUUGUUAUAUGCCGGAUAUACCGCUGGAAGUCGUUACAACCAAAUUGGAGGAACUUCAAACAUCCUUUGUUUGCCAAAACAACCACAGUAUAAAGCCUCCUUCCCUGGCAGGUCUCGUUCGUACUUGUACGGUUCUGAAUACAAUGCUAGAGGUACAAAUCUAGCAGCUGUAUUUGGUAAAGAUUUAAACGAACACGAUAUUCCAUGUGCCGUCUGCGAAGUAACUGGAAGUUCCGCCAUGAUGAUGGUUCCGGCCCGCACUGAAUGUUACCGUGACUGGGAUAAACAAUAUUCGGGUUACCUUAUGACAAGUAAUUCUGCUCACAAUAAAUCGAUGGAUAUCGUUUGUAUGGACGAAAACCCGGAAUCCAUUUCUAAGUCAGAGGCGAACAAUAAUGGCGCCCUUUUUUAUUUUGUAGAAGCAAGCGGUCAACUUCCGUCGCCUCCAUACUCGAGAGAUACUGAGAUAACUUGUGUCGUUUGUACAAAAUGAUCAGUUUUGAUUUUUUUCCUAAAUACAAGUUUAAGUGUAUGAUUUGCAAUUAUAAGUGUAAAAUACUGUAAUUCAACAGUUCAAAGAUCGCGAUACAUAGCAUAUUGUUGUUAUUGCGAGCGAUAUCAUUUACUUUUACGUUAUGAAACAGGCUGCAAAAUUGAAAAAGCCACCACUGAUGGCGUUUCGUUCAUUUGUAUUUUACACAAGUAAGAAAGUUUAAUGUUAUGAUAUCGAUUCUGAAUAUAACACUGUCGAGGGGAAAUCCGAAUUUCAAAAUCAACGGGAAGACCAGGGAAGAAUUUCAUAUGUACAAAAAUACACCUCAUGAAUGUAACUUGCAAUAUGGAAGUACGAUGUGUAUAAUAAAAGACCAUCAAUUUAACAUUUCUUUUUUGUCGGAAGGUGAAUGAAUUCUUCGCUUACGAAAAUUGUCAAAAUUAGUUCACAAAAAUAAAUGAAGACCAAUAUUAACAUAAUAUGUUGUAUGCCAUAUAUCUUCAGUGUUAGAAACGAUUAAAAAAUCAAUUAAAAAACAGUAUAUGGCUUUUGCAAGUUUAGUAAAAAACUUCGAAAGUGUACAAAAUUGGAAAGAAGAUUACGCUACAUAGCACGCACAUGUUUGCGGUUUUCACUGUUAUUUGAAAACGAAAAUGUCAUAAUGUACGUUCUGUAAAACUGGUUUCUCAAAAUAAAAUCUAACUACUAGUCUAAAUAAAAAUAUUUACCAUUUCAAAACUAUAGC